AUGAAGGGGUUUCUUGCUUCGCUGACUGCUUUGCUGUUCAGCUCAGUUGCUGCGGUUCCCUCCGGUGGUGUCACGAGAGGUCCGUUCCUGGACCAGGUCGAUAACCAGACCUGGGUCAUUGGCAAUGAAGUCUGGAACGUUACGCAAGGCCGCCAAUAUGGCGUCAAGCUCUUCUAUAAGGAGCAUGAUUGCGUUGGAGACGCUGUGGGCCAUUAUGUCAGCUACAAUGGCGCUGCCAGCGACUUGAUCUGGGCCUCGGCCUCCAUCGAUAAGAAGGGCUCCUAUGACGGCUCGGAGUAUAUCGACGUCAAGUUCGCAGCGGUCGAAGGUGACAUGCACUGGGUUAUCUUCUCAGGACUGGCAGGCGCCUACCAGUACUUUGUGAACCACAAUUUGCCCACUUUGGGCGAGUUCCGCACUCUGUGGCGCCUAGACAACACGACUUUUCCCAAUGGAAGGACGGAUCUGAGGGACGAGGAACUUCCACCCUUGAGCGACUACAUUGCCGCGAACAAGGUCCAGGACGAGACAUGGCUGCAGCCCGACGGCACGGGUUACAUCACGAAAUACGACUUCACCUCGUGGAUUCGGACGCAGACAUACUACGGAGUCUACGGAGAGGGUUUCGGAAGCUGGUACAUCAACCCUGGCAAGGACUACUACAAUGGCAAUCAUCUGAAGCAAGAAUUGAUGGUCCACCGUGAGUCGUCAACUGGGGAUGCUGUGCAGCUCAACAUGAUCCAUGGCACUCACUUCCAAGUCUCUGCGGUCGAUGUCUUCCCAGACGGCAAAAUGUGGGGACCUUGGCUGUGGUAUCUCAACGACGGUUCGAAGCCCGACGCAGAGGAGAGAGCUGAGAAGGAGUUUGCGGACUGGCCAUACAACUGGCUCGAGGACGAGGCCUAUCGCACCCGCGGCUCAGUCAAAGGCAAGCUGACGCUCUCCGACGGCCGGCCCGCAACAAACGCCGCCGUGUUCCUUGGCGAUAACAACCCCAACAAGACCGCUGUGGACAUGGGCUCCGACUAUUACUACACGGCUUACGCCGACGCCGAGGGUUACUUCGAGUUCACAGACGUGCGGGCUGCCACGUACGGACUCCAGGCCUGGUCCAACGGGAGCAGCAUCGCCGAUGUCACGACCAGCUUCCUGCAUAAUGAUGUUGUGGUGAGCAAGGACGAGACCACGGACCUCGAAACGCUUGAGUGGCAGGUAUCAACUAAAAAGACGCUCUUCCAAGUCGGCGACUUCGACCGCUACAGCUACGGUUUCCUCUACGGCGGGGCGCCGCACGAGCACGGGCUGGUGGACAAGUGUCCCGCGGAUCUGACGUGGACCUACGGCGAGUCUGCCACGGAGGACUGGUGUUUCGGCCAGUCCAAACUGGGGAACUGGACUAUUGCAUUUGACGCCGUGAUGCAGCGCAACGAUACAGCAUCGUCGGCUGGGAAGAACGCGACGCUCAUUGUGUCGAUUGCGAGUUAUUCGACAGGCGUCAGUUCCAACAUUUACGCCAAUGGAGUCUUGAUUGGCAACUUGACCAGUGGGACGCCACAGCUGUUGAGCGAUCCGGGGCUGUAUAGGUCCGGAACGGCGGCGGGGGAAUGGAGGUAUUUGGAGUUUCCGUUUGAUGCGGCUGUGUUGAGGAGUGGCGAGAAUGAGGUCACGUUCCAGGUGACGAAGAAUACGACUUGGCAUGGGUUUAUGUGGGAUAGCAUCAAGUUGGAGUGGUGA